GCGUGGGGGGCAACCCUCCUCGGCAGGGGAGCUGCGAAGCGGCAGCCGCGCCCGGGGGCGCAGCGCAGUCCGCUGACCUCCCCGCCCCCGCUCGCUCGUCCCCCGCGUGUCGGGGCUUGUCCCGGCACUGCCGCUUGCGGAGGCGCGCGGCGCUCACCUCCUGCGGGAGGGAUCCUGCUCGCCUCCCCGCGAGCGCGUGGCUUUGAACGCCCGCCGCGGCGGGGGCGGCCGCCCGCGUAGGUGGGACGCUAGAGGCCCGGCGCCCGGCUUGUCGGCCGGAUCGAUGCCCCUUUCCGAGUGAGCCGGCGGCGCCCCCACCCACCCCGUCCGUGCUCCUCUCCACCUCCUCCUCCGCUUCCUCUCCGGUCUCCUCCCUCCUCCGGGCCCGCCUGCCAAUGGCUUCGUUCCCCGAGACCGACUUCCAGAUCUGCCUGCUGUGCAAGGAGAUGUGCGGCUCGCCGGCGCCGCUCUCCUCCAGCUCGUCCGCCUCGUCGUCGUCCUCGCAGACUUCCACGUCGUCGGGGGGCGGCGGCGGGGGCCCCGCGGCGCGCCGCCUGCACGUCCUGCCCUGCCUCCACGCCUUCUGCCGCGCGUGCCUCGAGGCGCACCGGCUGCCGGGCGCGGGCGGCGGCGCCCCGGGAGAGCCGCUCAAGCUGCGCUGUCCCGUGUGCGAGCAGAAAGUGGUGCUGGCCGAGGCGGCGGGCAUGGACGCGCUGCCUUCCUCCGCCUUCCUGCUCAGCAACCUGCUGGACGCCGUCGUGGCCACGGCCGACGAGCCGCCGCCCAAGAACGGGCGCGCCGGCGCGGGCGCGGGCGGUCACAGCAACCAUCGGCACCACGCGCACCCGCACGCCGCCGCCGCCUCGGCGCCGCCGCCGCCCGCGCCGCCGCCGCCCGCGCCCGCCCGCGCCGCGCCCGGCGGCCCGGCCGCCUCCCCGUCGGCGCUGCUGCUGCGGCGGCCGCACGGCUGCAGCUCGUGCGACGAGGGCAACGCCGCCUCUUCGCGCUGCCUCGACUGCCAGGAGCACCUGUGCGACAACUGCGUUCGCGCGCACCAGCGCGUGCGCCUCACCAAGGACCACUACAUCGAGCGCGGCCCGCCGGGACCGGCCGCCGCCGCCCAGCAGCUCGGCCUCGGGCCGGCCUUCCCCGGAGCGCCCUUCUCCAUCCUCUCCGUGUUUCCCGAACGUCUCGGUUUCUGCCAGCACCACGACGACGAGGUGCUGCACCUAUACUGUGACACUUGCUCCGUGCCUAUCUGUCGUGAGUGUACCAUGGGUCGCCACGGAGGCCACAGUUUCAUCUACCUCCAGGAGGCGCUGCAGGACUCCCGGGCUCUCACCAUCCAGCUGCUGGCUGACGCCCAACAGGGACGCCAGGCACUCCAGCUAAGCAUCGAGCAGGCCCAGACGGUCGCGGAGCAGGUGGAGAUGAAGGCCAAGGUGGUCCAGUCGGAGGUGAAAGCGGUGACGGCGCGUCACAAGAAAGCCCUGGAGGAGCGCGAGUGUGAGCUGCUGUGGAAGGUUGAGAAGAUCCGCCAGGUGAAAGCCAAAUCCCUGUACCUUCAGGUGGAGAAACUACGUCAGAACCUCAACAAGCUGGAGAGCACCAUCAGCGCGGUGCAGCAGGUGCUGGAGGAGGGCCGGGCCCUGGACGUGCUGCUGGCCCGGGACCGCAUGCUGGCUCAGGUGCAAGAGCUGAAGAGCGUGCGCAGCUUUCUGCAGCCCCAGGAGGACGACCGGGUCAUGUUCACGCCCCCAGACCAGGCCCUCUACCUGGCCAUCAAGUCCUUCGGCUUCGUCAGCAGCGGAGCCUUCGCGCCCCUCACCAAGGCCACGGGCGAGGGCCUGAAGCGGGCCCUGCAAGGCAAGGUGGCCUCCUUCACGGUCAUCGGCUACGACCACGACGGGGAGCCCCGGCUGUCUGGUGGCGACCUGAUGUCUGCCGUGGUCCUGGGCCCCGACGGCAACCUGUUCGGGGCAGAGGUGAGCGACCAGCAGAACGGCACCUACCUGGUGAGCUACCGGCCACAGCUGGAGGGCGAGCACCUGGUGUCGGUCACCCUGUGCAACCAGCACAUCGAGAACAGCCCCUUCAAGGUGCUGGUCAAGUCGGGCCGCAGUUAUGUGGGCAUCGGGCUCCCGGGCCUGAGCUUCGCCAGCGAGGGCGACACCGAUGGGAAGCUAUGCCGCCCUUGGGGCGUGAGCGUGGACAAGGAGGGCUACAUCGUCGUGGCCGACCGCAGCAACAACCGCAUCCAGGUCUUCAAGCCCUGUGGCGCCUUCCACCACAAGUUCGGCACCCUGGGCUCCCGGCCGGGCCAGUUCGACCGGCCCGCCGGCGUGGCCUGCGACGCCUCCCGCCGCAUCGUAGUGGCGGACAAGGACAAUCAUCGCAUCCAGAUCUUCACCUUCGAGGGCCAGUUUCUCCUCAAGUUCGGGGAGAAGGGCACCAAGAACGGGCAGUUCAACUACCCUUGGGAUGUCGCCGUGAAUUCCGAAGGCAAGAUCCUCGUCUCCGACACACGCAACCACCGCAUCCAGCUGUUUGGUCCCGACGGAGUCUUCCUCAACAAGUACGGCUUCGAGGGGGCGCUCUGGAAGCACUUUGACUCCCCCCGGGGCGUGACCUUCAACCACGAGGGCCACCUGGUGGUCACCGACUUCAACAACCACCGGCUGCUGGUCAUCCACCCCGACUGCCAGUCGGCACGCUUCCUGGGCUCCGAGGGCACCGGCAAUGGUCAGUUCCUGCGACCCCAGGGUGUGGCCGUGGACCAGGAGGGGCGCAUCAUUGUGGCCGAUUCCCGGAACCACCGGGUGCAGAUGUUUGAGUCCAAUGGCAGCUUCCUGUGCAAGUUCGGGGCUCAAGGCAGUGGCUUUGGCCAGAUGGACCGUCCUUCCGGCAUCGCCAUCACCCCUGACGGAAUGAUCGUCGUGGUGGACUUUGGCAACAAUCGAAUCCUUGUCUUCUAAUCACAUUUUCUGGGCUUCUGUGUUUU